CUUCAGCUCCUAAAGGGCUAAACCACCAAAAACAAACUCCGCUGGCUGUAGCUUCAUUCCUUUCUUCGAGCCGCCUACCUUUCUUCUCUAUCCUCGGCUGUAUAUGACAUAAAUGGCUACACCAUUGAUAACAGGGAUGGCAAUAGCUGCUGCUGCUUACGCGGGCAGAUAUGGCAUCCAGGCUUGGCAGGCAUUCAAGGCAAGACCUCCAACUGCUAGGAUGCGCAGAUUCUAUGAGGGUGGUUUUCAACCUGUCAUGACGAGGAGAGAAGCAGCUCUAAUACUUGGAAUUAGAGAAAGUACUCCAUCAGACAAGGUUAGGGAAGCUCAUCGGAGGGUGAUGGUUGCAAACCAUCCAGAUGCAGGUGGCAGCCAUUACCUUGCUUCUAAAAUAAAUGAAGCAAAAGAUAUCUUGCUUGGAAAAGCAAAGGGCAGUGGCUCUGCAUUUUAAUGCCAUUUACCGUGUUUUGCAAACGAGUCAGAAUACAAAUAAUCUUGCAAAAAAGCUCAUCAAAUUUGGGAAGAAAUAUUACAAUUGCAAAUUGAGGGUCUAUAUGUUCAAUCGAUUGUUUGAACCCGUAGAUGUAACAGUGACCGAGUAAACACCAAUUGGAAAAGUAUAAUGGUUAAUAGUUUUUCUUUGUAAACUAAAGAGGUUAGGUGCCUUUCAUAUUGUAGCCUUACCAUUUUUCCCCCCUUUACUGGAGCAUUUCCGUCCCUCCUGUUGUCCUUUGAUCCUGAUAUUAUUCUGGGCAAUGUAUUUUUUGUGGAAAAUGCUAAAAUUUAGUUGAGAAAUUGCUAUAC